AGGAGUUUAGUAGCUACGUGUCAGUACAACUGUGAACAUCCAACAUGGGCGACUACCGCGCGGGAAAAGCUGGCAUCAACGCCGAGGCGCAGGCCAGGAUCCACAGCAAAUACAACAAUGAUAUCGCACAUGAGACUCUCGAAUGGAUCAAAGUAAUUACUGGCGAACCCGCCAACACAGCUGGCGAUGCCGACAACCUGUACGAAGUCUUAAAGGACGGUACCCUGCUCUGCAAGCUGGUCAACGCUCUCCAAGAAGGCUCCGUGAAGAAGGUCAAUCAGUCGACCAUGGCGUUCAAGUGCAUGGAGAACAUCAACGCUUUCUUGGAAGCCGUGAAGAAGCUGGGCGUGCCCGCUCAGGAAACUUUCCAGACCAUUGAUCUGUGGGAGAAGCAGAACUUGUACUCCGUCGUUGUGUGCCUGCAGUCCUUGGGAAGGAAAGCCGGUAACUUCGGUAAGCCGUCGAUUGGGCCUAAGGAGGCUGACAAAAACGUCCGUGAGUUCACUGAGGAGCAAUUGAAGGCUGGACAAAAUGUUAUCUCUCUACAGUACGGCACCAACAAGGGCCAGCAGUCUGGUAUCUCGUUUGGCAACAAACGCCAAAUGUAAAAUAUACUAUAUGUACCUAAUUUAUACUUUUAAAACCGUUUUAAAUAAAAUAAUUUGUAUUUCGUAA